GCGACCUCUUUGUAUAUGUAGUUCAAACAAUUACUAAGAUUUUAUUAGUGUUAGUGUCACUUUUUAACAUUCCUUAUAGGAUAGUUCAUAUAUUCCGAUUCACAAUAAAAAUUUCACUAUAAGUUAUAAAUAAAAUUGAUUAUUUCUCAGCUACCUUUUCUCCAAAGUAUGCUCAUCUCCAAUAUCAGUUCUUAACAAAAAUUAAAAUUGGAAUGUUUUAAUCUCUUACCAGUAGUAUAUUAUUAAAGAAAAAAAAAAGAAGUUUUACUUAAAUUAAGACUCAACUGACAUUCUCUAAUCAACAAAAUGCAUGGGAAAGCCAAAGUCAAUACAACUUUGGAAGAGAAGGAAAAGAAAAAGAAGGAGAGAGAUUUAAAAAUGAAAGCAUAUCGACUUAGCAUGAACAAGAUCUUUCAUAAAAGGAAAAAUGGUGAAUAUGAUGAAGAAGCAAUGGAAUUGAUAAGUGAUGUUCUUGUUUCAAACCCUGAUAUUUAUACUUUGUGGAACAUUAGAAAAGAAAUCUUAUUGACUUUCAAAGAUAAAAGUCAUGAUGACCUAGCUUGCAUAUUAUCUAAUGAAAUGCAUUUGACUGAAAUCUGCUUGAGAGAAAAUCCCAAGUCUUAUGCUGCCUGGUAUCAUAGACUGUGGCUUCUUGACAAUAUGCCUUAUCCUGAUUUAGAAAAGGAACUGUUUCUCUGUACUAAGUAUCUCAAAUUAGAUGAAAGGAACUUUCAUUGUUGGGAUUAUCGGAGAGCAGUAGUUGCAAGGCUUCAAGUGGCUCCUUCAGAAGAGUUAGAUUAUACAACAGUUAAGAUAGAAGAAAACUUCUCAAAUUAUUCUAGUUGGCAUUACCGGAGCAAACUACUUCCUUCAGUAUUUCCUGAUCCUUCUGGUCUACGUCCUGUUGAUGAGCCCAGUCAUCUGAAAGAGCUAGAAUUGGUGCAAGCCGCUUGUUUCACUGACCCAUCAGAUUCUUCUAGUUGGUUUUAUCUGAGAUGGCUUCUAGGACGUCCCACAACUAAUCUUGGUGCAGUUCAAGCCUUUUUAACUAAUGGAAAAAUUGUAUGUGUAUUUAGUCGUUGUGUUUGUUUACCGCAGCCAUGGAUCCCUUAUGAAAAAUCAAGAAUAAUAUGGACCAGGCCAUUGCAUGAUGAGGAAUCUGAAGAUGAAAUAUCUUUUACAAUAGAAUAUGGACAAGGACUUGUUGAAAAUAUAACUAUAGAUCGUGGAAAGGUAUGGAGUGUAAGACCAGCAUUUGACCCUACUGUUAGUCCUGCUUUGAUGUCUGUAUUAUGUAGCACCCUUGAUUCUUCUAAUCAGCUAUUGGACCUUGAACCUGAGAGUAAAUGGACCUUACUCACCUCUAUUGUUUUGAUGCAGGCCAUAGAUAAAAAACUGUACAAGAGUAAAAUACUUGAAAGAUUGGAUCUCCUUAUAAAGUAUGAUCAGUGUAGAAAGAAUUAUUAUAAUGAUAUUCGAAGUAAGUUUAUUAUGGAAGAAGCUCUGGAAGAACUAGACAUGGCUUCAGAAGAGGUUAUACUGAGCAGGCUAUCUUUAACUUCUCUUCAUCAUACACAUUACCUGGCAUUUGCAUCAGUAAUUGAUUUGUCUAACAAUAAUCUCAAGCGAUCAUUACAGCUUUUAAGUGUUCUUAUCAAUUGUAAAGAACUGAUUCUUGAUGCAAAUGCACUAGAAACCCUAGAAGGUUUUCCAGCAUUACCAAGUUUAAAGAAGUUAUCACUGUGUGGAAACAAUUUAGCAUCUUCAGAAACUAUAAUUCCAUUUCUUAAAAACAACAGAAUGCUACAAGAAUUAAAUCUUGAAGGAAACAAAUUAAGUCCAAGUCAAGUGGAAUCAAUAAAAAAAGAGUUAGGGUUAUGUGAGAAAUAGCAUUGUUACGAAGAUAAUUUUUGUUACCAAACUGCACCAUAGAAUAUUUUGAUUGUUUUUUUGUUUUUUUAAUAUAAAUGUUAAGUAUUUUCUGUUUAAUUUUUAUUUUUUACUUUAUUAUUAUCCCUAUCAAAAUCAAGCAAAAAGUUACUAAAUAAAAAAUUUAACACUAGCCAAAGUGAAUAUUCAAGAACUAUAGAAUAUAUACUAUGCUAAUUUAUACACUAAAUAGUACAAUCCAUAGAUGGACCCUAGAAAAAAGAAGAGCCCUAUGUAUUAAUUAAUGUUGAUGUGAAUGCUUUUGAAGAAGCCUAUUUUUAUGACUUGUGAUAAUACAAAUUUUUAUAUAAUUUGAAGAUA